UGAAAAGACCUUAGCGAUGCUUCUACGGUACGAUCUCUCCAAAUUCCCAGCUAGCGGAACUUCAUAGACGUGGACAUAAGCGCCGAGAAAAACUUCGAAAACCGCCGUCUCCUCGCCCGUUGCUCCGUGAAACUCGGCCAUUCACAGAACCAACUUUUUAACAACAAUGAGCAGCUCAUCCGGGGCAUCUUGGCGUGCUACUUCAAGGCCAUCAAGCACAACUCCAACCUGUGAGGCGUGACAUAUCUAGGCGUACAUGAACUUCAAGGUUGUCCGAACCCAAAAGCAGCGGGAAUCAAUGGCUUUAUCCGUAAAUUGGGUCAAAAUUAAAUUAAUCUAUAAAUUGAGUCAAAAUUAAAACAUUCUUUUUUUUUCAGUUUCAGUCUUUUCUUUCAGUACGGAAGCCUCCAGAAAGUCUGUUGAACCCACCCUGGGAACCAGUUUUGGAACGGGCCUGUCCGCAUCCCCGGUACAUCGGCUGGCGAUGGUUGUUCGUGGACAAAAAUACUGUCCACUUCAUCCCAUUGGCCCUACUUCGGCCAGCUCCACACCGCUAGUCACGCCGCCGGCUCUCAAGCUGCUUCAUCUAACUGGCUCGAAAAUGUCCACUGCCCCUUCGGCGGAACGCCGUCUCAGAUUCGGCUCGAUCUCGGCUGUCGAAGCCGAAGAGGAGCUACUGGAAAGUGCACGCUCCCCCGAGUUCCGCAAUGAUCUGAGUUUUUCCAUUGAGGCGGCGCCUGGGUCAGGAAGACCUUUAGAAGAACCCUGGCAGAGACAAACAAACUAUGCCUUCCCCGCCAUGGAACGCUGAGUGGACAAAACAAACCCUGCUCGACGCCGUCAAAGACUCCAUCAAGCAAUGCUUUUAGUGGGCCACGCGCGAAGUACCACUCUGUGGGGAACCAUCCGAAAUAUUAAAUUCAAAUCCUCGACGCCGUCAUCGCCCAGGAUCGUGGAGAUGGCCAAAUCAUCCGAACCACCCGCCGAAUCGCCUACUCAGCCUUGCCGCUGGCCGCUGGCAAGUGUCACUCGCUAGUGCUGAAAAUGAUAUGAAUAA